AUGAAUAACGACAAUCCUAGUGAGAUCAUCGUGCACGGGGACGAACCUUUGAGUACCGGUUCCAAACCCGAGGAAUCUACCUUUCCGCAGAGCCCUGUGUGCUUGGGCGCUACAAUGGUGGCAGCGUCUCCUACGGACCCAAACCUAGCUGACACUAAGAAUGAUGUUACCAUUGCCCCAACACAACUGCUACUACCUAAGUAUGAAGGCCGAGAAGAGUUCCACGCCUGGCUAACACGCACCCGUUUUUAUCUACAGGAAAUACCGGCAAAUGAACGCAGUCGUGCACUAAUAAAGGCACUUGGUCCACAACAACUAGAUAAGACCCUUGACGCUGGCCUGACGACAAAAGUGUCCAUGGAAACAUUGUGCAAACGACUGGAACAAGUACUCCGCCCUACACUAUCUCUUAGUGAGGCCAUCAACGGCCUUAUUGGAAGACGAUAUCAGUCUUCUGAGACGCCGCAGCAUUACGCCCAAGAUUUACUUCGAUUUGCCGAUGCGGCUUACCCAACACUCGCACAAGCCGACUAAGAGAAAGUGGUUCUCCACCAUUUUCUUGAAGGCCUGAUGUUACCGGACCUAAAACACACGUUUAUUAUGCACCCACCGAUUGAACUCCAAGACGCGAAAGCGCGUGUCGAACGCUACCGGCAGGCGAACAAGGAACACAACUUGACCAACACACCAACACCAAGACCAGGAAAUCAAGGAGGAUUCAACCGCUAUGGACAACCGUGGCGUCCGUGGACGUACAGGCAAGAUACAAGAACGGCGACAGGCCGAGGAAACGCCAAUGUACGAUUUCCAACAUACAACGCAAAUUAUCAGCAAAACCAGUAUACACCGCAACGUAGUCCCAAUACGCCAAACAGGUACGCAUGCAGCACGACGACGAAACCAACCGCCAGAGAUGAAGAUUCGGGUACAGUAUGCGUUCCUACUUGUUCUAAUAACUUUAAUGCCAACGCUCCAUUUUAUACUAUUGUAAAAGUCUUCGGUCGCUCAGUUAAGGCGUUAGUUGACACUGGCGCUACAGUGUCGUUAGUUACCAACCACAUAAUGCCUAGUAACUGCAUAGACGACAUCGACACAGUACGUCCCAUACCUACGCUAGUUACAGCUGAUGGAUCACGUAUGCAUACCGCCGGCACACUCCAACUUCCAAUAACAUUCCCCAAUGCUACUAAGGAACACGUUUUUAUAUUCGCACAUAAGUUAGCUUGGGACGUCCUACUGGGGCUGGGUUUCCUGGCUUCCAACCACUGUGUUAUUAAUGUACGCGAUCGCAUCUUAUCCUUCACUCCUGAGACAACGCAGGCACCUUCAACUGGAAAUAUGGAUGAAGACACAGUAAUUGCGUCGAUAACCGCUGCAGUGGCCCUACCAACCACAGAUAUAGGCGACAUACUCCCGAGUGAUGACGACAUUCCCAACACAGACAGAAUGGAGUUGAAAACGCUCCUCGCCAACUUUACAGACAUGUUCGCAUGGCACGACUUAUCAAUAGGGCGAACAUCGCUUAUUCGAUAUCCCAUUGAUACAGGGACGGCGAAACCACUUUGGCAACCCGCGCGUGGUGUUCCGCCACAAUUACAACAAGAGGUUAACGACCUCAUUGAUAGAAUGCUCGCCACAGGGGUCAUCCGACCUUCCAAGUCGCCCUGGGCCUCACCAGUUACACUAGUUCAGAAGAAAGACGGCAAGUUACGAUUCUGUAUUGACUAUCGUCGAUUGAACGCUAUCACCACGCGAGACUCAUUCCCUCUGCCACGCAUAGACGUGACACUCGACGCCCUAGUUGGUGCAAAAUGGUUUUCGACCAUCGACCUUAAAUCAGGUUAUUGGCAAGUCGAAGUGGAACCAAAGGAUCGACCUAAAACCGCAUUUAUAGUACCACAGGGUCUGUUUGAAUUCGAGACCAUGCCGUUUGGAUUAUGCAACGCAGCGGCUACAUUCCAACGACUCAUGCAAGUGGCUUUAACUCCUCUAUACCCGCACUGUUGUUUAAUAUAUUUGGACGAUGUCAUAGUUUUCGGAAGCACGAUAGUACAACAUAAUGACAACUUGAAGGCAGUCCUAACAGCGCUACGCGAAACCGGCUUACGGUUGAACCCACGAAAAUGUCAAUUUCUGCACAAGGAGGUCACCUUCUUAGGACACGAGAUUAGCAAAGACGGCAUCUAUGCAUCACCCGACAAAGUUGCCGCCGUACGAACGUGGCCGACACCACAAACACCAACCGAAGUCCGGGGUUUCGUAGGACUGGCAUCCUAUUAUCGAAGAUUUAUACUACACUUCGCGGAAAUUGCCCGACCUUUGCACAGACUCACCGAGAAAGGCCGGAAAUUCCAAUGGACCGAGGAAUGCCAAAACGCAUUUGAUGAAUUAAAAUCUCGACUAGUAACGGCAUCUGUUCUCAUGUUACCUGACACGCAAACAGAUGCUCCACCAUUCAUACUAGAUACCGAUGCCAGUGGUUUUGCAAUAGGAGCAGUUUUAUCACAAUCUGACACCACCGGCACAGAACGCUCAGUCAGUUAUGCCAGCAAAACGCUAUCCAAGCCACAACGUAACUACUGUACAUACCGACGCGAACUAUUCGCUCUAAUAAAUUUCAUUAAACAAUUCAGACCUUUCCUUCUCGGCAGGCAUUUCAUCGUUAGGACAGAUCAUAAAGCACUCCAAUGGCUGCAGUCAAUGAAGGAUGCAGAAGGACAAUUGGCAAGAUGGCAGGAAUACCUACAACAGUUCGACUUUAAUUGCCAAUACCGCUCUGGAGCAAAACACACCAACGCCGACGCAAUGUCACGGCGUCCAUCACCUUUACUCUCCGAAGAUUUCAUCAGAAAUCCCAGUACAAUUGCCACCAUCACCAUUAGCGAACCAACACGACACCAUUGGGCCAUAGCCCAGAGCAGAGAUCCAGAUACGGCCUUCGUCUAUGAUCACCAGCUACUCGGCAAACAUCGCCCAACAGACGAGGAACUACGCGGGUCCUCGGAGAACGCUAUCAUAUUACGGGCACAAUGGCCACACUUGUUUAUUGAAAACGAAUUACUUUUUUUAAAGACGCCACAGAUAGCAGGCCACGACUCAUAGUGCCAGGCUCACUAACACUGUCAGUGCUCGAAGAUAUUCACCGUGAACUAGGACAUGUCGGACAGUCGAAAACAGAAGCCGCGAUGAGACAACGCUUCUGGUGGCCCCGCUUACGUGAACAAGUAUCCAUCUUUUGCAACACGUGCCCCACAUGUGCUUCCUUUAAAGGACCUAAUCCGAAACCAAGAGCACCAUUACAAUCAAUGCCAUCAGGGUUCCCGUUCCAACGGGUUGGCGUCGACAUAAUCGGGCCACUACCUUACACGACGAGCGGUAAUAGGUACAUACUGGUUAUGGUCGACUACUUUACGAAGUGGGCAGAAGCAACACCGUUACAACGACAGGAUGCAGCCUCUGUGGCGACUGCACUUCUCCAUCAAUGGAUUUGUCGCUUCGGGGCACCCCAUUCAAUCCACUCCGACUGUGGAGCCAACGUCGAAAGCAAACUGAUUCGCGAUGUCUGCGAUCUUCUCCUUAUCCAAAAGACGCGCACAACUCCAAUGCAUCCGGAGGGCAAUGGUCAAGUGGAACGCACGAACAAGACCUUAAUCGACCUUCUAAAAGCUUUUGCUGAAAAUCACCACCCCCAAAACUGGGAUACACGUUUACCAUACGCGUUGAUGGCGUACCGUACUACCCUCCACAGUUCGACAGGAUACGCACCUUUCUUUAUGCUCACAGGCAGACACCUACGAUUACCCGCGGACUCGAAUUUCCCCAUACCAGGAACAGACGAAAUCCCGCCAGACAAAUACGUACUUGAGUUACAGGAAUCCCUACGACUCACCCAUAACUUAGCACGUUCACACUUACGUAUGGCAUAUGAUCGACAAAAAGACUACUUCGACCGACGUACUCACGGGUUACCCUAUCAACGCGGCGACUUGGUCCUACGUUACCGAGCAGUUCCACCCGUUGGAAUACCAGCCAAGUUUUUUUUACCUUUGUGAAGGACUGUUCAUAGUCACCGACAUUAAACUCCCAACCACCUAUAUAAUACGUGAUCUACAAACCCCAGAAGGACCCACCUUUCCAGUACAUUACGACAAAUUAAAACCAUACAGAGGACGACCACCCACGGCUACAGCGAACAACUUGCCCAUAUUACCACCACACCUCGUACCCCAACACACAGACGAAAUUGAAGUCACGUCCCAACCCAACACCAUACCUACACGCCCUGAGGACAGGGCUCCAUCUGAAGGGGGGGCAGUUGUAGCGACUGGACCGAACCAGACCAGUUUGUUUUAAUAAGCAGAAGAAAUAGAUAGAAAGUGUGAGACAGAAGCUGACAAUUUUGUGGUAUCUUGUGCCUUUUAGUGCAGAUACAGGACGGAUUUACUCUCUCCCCCGUGGAAGCCUCCAACUCCACCUCCCCUGAAGUUUUACCUUGAAUCAGCGGACCUGUGUGACGUUUUGGACCUUUUCAUAUUACAUUCAUUUUUCUAUCCAUUACAAUAAACCUUUCUAUUUACAUCUAUCAUUGGAUUAUCCGUGUGUUGCAUGCUUGCGAUGAAUAACGACAAUCCUAGUGAGAUCAUCGUGCACGGGGACGAACCUUUGAGUACCGGUUCCAAACCCGAGGAAUCUACCUUUCCGCAGAGCCCUGUGUGCUCGGGCGCUACACCACUCAGCGUCCACGCCUAAGCGACUCCUUCAGUUGACUUAAACAACACAUCCAAUUUCCUGGUGUGUUAAAAGAUACAACGUUCCAUCUGCUCCUCACCAAAUAUGUCUGAUCAGCGUUGUAAGGAUCUGACGUGGUGUAGGGGUGCCCAGUUGUGGGUCCACGUGACGGUCGCAGAUAGUCGCUCAUUUGCUUGCAGGUGUUGCCUACGCCUAGCGUCCAUUAACUGGCGCCCAACGCCCACGUGUGGUUACCUGAAGUCAGGCUCUGCCUAGUGGCUUCGACUGGCGGGCUAAGUCAGGCGAGGGCGUCCGUGUACGCAUCUCCACAGACGGUAACUUGACUCUGCUGGUCGGGUAGAUCACCCCCUCGUUAUUUCCUAGACGAGACUCCAUCUGCAACACCACAGGAGGCCACAAGAUAACUGAGCCCCUAAGUCAGCGAACAUUGCUCUUUCAUCUUUACCCUUCUUGUUCUUGCUUGCUUGAUUCUGUCUACUUGUUUGUGUUUUUCCUUGUUGUAAGCUAAAUUCCGUUCCGUUGAGUUUCCUCUGCCUGCCUUUGCUUCCUCUAGUUUUCGCCUGCCUGCCCUUCGACUGUUUGUUUGUGUUUUUAUUUGCUGUACGCUUACUGCAGUUCCUUUCAAUCUCUCUGCUUACCGUUUAUAUAUUUCGGCAAACAGUUCGCUUAGGGAAGGACAGGAAAGUUCUAAUUCCCGUCUCUCUACCCUUCCCCCCUUCACGUCCUAAGGCGUGGACGACAGCAAUUUUGUGGGUUGCCCAGGCUGACUCACUAUCCCACUAACCCAAGACGUGGCCCAUAGUGGAGUUCGGCAAUAGUCUAUGACAAUUGCGCAGCCCUAUUUGGAGAGAGCACUACUCACUCCCCCGAGGGGGAAAGGGUGAAAAAGGUGCCUUAAACAAAUGCUGGGAGUCACGUCGUUUGCACGCCGACCGUGGUCCGCAGACGCAAACCUCACGGUCGAAACAACCGAAUCAGAAACACUAUUCUCCCUGUCUUGCCCCCCGCACCUGUCGCCUCACCCUACAGGCUGGUAGGGUGAGUCCGCCCACUCUGGCAGCCUGGAAUGUUCAUUCCCUUUUAGGCAAUCCGAGGAGCAACGAGCCGGAACGGAGGACGACGCUAGUCGUUCGAGGGCUGGCGGGCUACAAGGUGGGUAUUGCUGCACUCAACUAAACCCGAUUCUACGAAUAAGGUCGAUGACCAGACUCGACGCGAUAGGGAACAAAUUAUACGAUGAACUGCACGCACUUCUGACGUGUGUGUCGAGAGCGGAUAAGUUGACUGUCCUUGGUGACUUCAACGCUCCCGUCGGCACAAUCCAUGCGGCCUGGAGAGGAGUGCUGGAUCUCCAUGGUCUCAACGGCUCCAGUGACAAUGGCCUACUCCACCUCUGAAUCUGCGCAGAACACCGGCUCAUCCUGACCAACAUCUACUUCCGCCUUCAGACGACAGAGAAGGCCACCUGGAUGCACCCUCUGUCGCAACACGGGCACCUGCUGAACUAUUUUCUCGUCCGGAGGCGAGACCAGCGGGACGUGCUGGUGACGAAGGCAAUCCCGGGUGCCGACGGUGGGCCGACCAUCGUCUCGUCAUCUCAAAGAUGAGGAUUCGCAUAUAGCCUCGUAGGAGACCUCAAGGUAAGCGGUCCACAGGUAAGCAAAAUAUUGCCUUGUCUUCGCCUGCUCACCAUCUCCAUUUACGCAAUGAGCUAGCUCAAAGACUAACCAGCCUUCCAGACACCGCCGCGGCCGCCGCCAACGAAAACGCCUCGGUGGAGAACCAUUGGUGUCAGCUGCAGGAUACAAUCCAAUCGACGGCCCGGGCUGUCCUCGGUCGCGCAGGUGGCCAACGCAAGGACUGGUUCGGUGACAACGACGCCGCCAUCAAUAACCUAAUCGCCGAGAAGAACCGUCUGCACAAAUCCUACGUCAACUGUCUCACUGAUUACAAGAAAGCAACCUUCUGCAGUAGUCGCAACUUUUGA